ACCCAAAAUCAGCUGUGAGCACCAUGGCCCGGACCCCUGUGCUCCUCGUGCUCCUCGCUCACUGCACAGGGUCCCUGUCCCAGCCAGUGCUGACUCAGCCGCCCUCCCUCUCUGCAUCUCCGGGAGCAUCAGCCAGACUCCCCUGCACCCUGAGCAGUGGCGCUGUCGUUGCGGGCUACCAUAUCUCCUGGUACCAGCAGAAGCCAGGGAGCCCUCCCCGGUUUCUCCUGAGAUAUAAAUCAGACUCAGAUAAGGGCCAGGGCUCCGGGGUCCCCAGCUACUUCUCUGGAACCAAAGACGCCUCGGCCAAUGCGGGGCUCCUGCUCAUCUCGGGGCUGCAGCCUGAGGACGAGGCUGAGUAUUACUGUGCGACUUACCACAGCAACAGUAACACUUACACGGUGCCCCAGGGCCAUGAGGAAGUGAGCCUCAAACCCUCAGGGCGCCCUUCCUGCCUGGGGCUGUCACCCCUGACCUGCCUGGAGCCCCGUCUAACUCAGGGAGCCCCCAAAGGCUCCCUCAGCACUGAGGCAGGAUCGGCCAUCACCACCUUCGACUUCAUGCCCGGGCCACGCCGAGAUGUCCGUGAGGCCGGGACUCUCAGUGACUGGGCCACUCCAGGGAUGCGGCAAACAGGAAUUUUUACCUGA